ACAAGUCGAAGUUUACACAAGAACCAGGCAAUAACAGUUUUAAAUGAAAUUAAACAAAUUGGUAUCAGAAAUCUACUUGUGUUGCAAGGAGGUAAGUUGACAUCUAUUUGACAAUGACAACAAGAUAAUGUCUAAACUACCACCAACUUAGAGUAGUGUAUAUAGAAUACCCAAACGUUACUAUUAUCUCUAAAUUUGAAGUAAAUCUAUAAAACUGAUUAAACAUGUUAUAAAUCCUUUAGAUAUUCGUCAAGAACUUCACAAAGAUUGCGAUUUCAAAUAUGCUGUCGACCUAAUAAGAUUUAUUAGGCAAAAUUAUGGUGACCAUUUUUCUAUUGGCGUAGCUGGGUACCCUUUGGGACAUCCCAAAUCAAAAACGAUACAAGAAGACAUGAUCCACCUCAAAGAUAAGAUAGACGCCAAAGCAGACUUCAUCAUAACCCAGGCUAUUUUUGACAAUAAAACGUUUCAAACGUUCCAAAACAGAUGUAGAUCUUUUGGAAUAGAGGUGCCUAUUGUACCAGGAAUUUUCGCGUUUACGUCACAAAAAUCGUUACUAAAAAUGUCCCAGUUUUGUGAUAUAAUGGUACCUCAAGAAGUAAGCGCCAUUGUGGAACAAAACAAGCACAACGCCAUGUCCGUGUACAAUUUCGGAAUUCAUUUCACAACGGAAUUAAUAAAGAACCUUUUAACGGCCAAAAAGGACCCAAUCAUUGACGUCCAUCUUUUUACGUUGAAUAAUAUUUACGCGGUUUACGAAAUAUGUGAAAGAUUAGGUUUUUGUACAUUAAAUAUUGAAAGACCACUAAAAUAUGUCGAAUGAACAGGAAAUAUACCAGUAACACCAUCUAUGUAAUUGGUUUUAUUUACCUACAUAAAAAAAAACAUUUUUUUUUUAGUCUUUUCGAAAGUGGGAUUAUUAAUUUUUACCACUGGUACACAACGCUAUUCCUUUGGCCCAAAAGUCAUUUGAUAGAAGACCCAAUCUUCCAAAAACGAUGGUACGAACGCUUUUGUCUUAUUAAUUUUCACCGUUGGAUUUAGUUCGGUGAUAAGACUUUCGUAUUUUUUUAAAGAUUCUUCACAACAGGCCCCAUUAC